UUAUAAUUAUAUAAAUUAUGCAAUUAAAUAAGAACAUAUAAAAGCAUAACGGUUGAAACAACCCUUAGUCUAUGGCAAUGGCAGCGUUGGCCUUAUUAGAGGACAUUGCUAAUGGCAGAAUCAGAAGAGAACGAGUUUUUAGGGACCACAAUGAUUUUCUGGCCCAGGAUGAUGACUGGCUUAUCAGCCGUUUCAGAUUUCCAAGGGCUAUCCUCUUGGAGCUCUGUGCUGAGUUGGGUCCGAAUCUAGAGAGAGAGACAAUGAGGAGCCACGCAAUACCCGUUCCCUUGCAGGUGCUGACAACACUUGGUUUCCUGGCAACUGGUUCUUUCCAAAGGGAACUGGCAGACCGCUCAGGAAUAAGCCAGUCGUCUUUGAGCCGGGCAAUGCCAGUGGUAUGGGACGGGAUCAUCCGCAUGUCUGCCAGGUAUAUCAGGUUCCCAUAUGAUGCAUUUGACCAGCCAAACAUUAAAAUGCAAUUUGCAGCGAUAGCCGGUUUUCCUAAUGUUAUCGGAGCGAUCGACUGCACACACAUUGCUAUAAAGGCGCCAUCUGAAGAAGAAUUUGCAUAUGUGAAUCGGAAACAUUUCCAUUCAAUAAAUGUGCAGAUAAUAUGUGAUGCACAAAUGCGCCUAACAAAUAUUGUGGCAAGGUGGCCUGGGUCAACCCAUGAUUCAUACAUCCUUACAAACAGCAUGGUUGGGAUGAGGCUCCAAGCUGGCAGGGUGCGUGAUGGGUGGCUUCUUGGAGACCGCGGUUAUCCACUAAAGACGUGGCUUUUAACCCCCCUCACCAACCCACAAACUGACCGAGAGCGCAGAUACAAUAAUGCCCAUUCUCGCACUCGUUCAGUUGUAGAGCGGGCGAUUGGGCAGCUGAAAUGUCGGUGGCGCUGCCUUGACAGGACUGGGGGUGAUGUUGUUAUACCGCCCUGACAAGGUGUGCCGCAUUGUGCUGGCCUGUGGUGUGCUGCACAAUGUCGCGCAUAGGCAUGGCAUACCACUUGGUGAGGUGGCAGCACCGCCAGAUGACCCCGACCCAGGACCAAUUUAUGUGCAGCCCAACCAACAAGCCGUUCAUGCCCGCCAACAUGUGAUUGCGACAAUAUAAAUGGUAAUCAGAGACAAAAGUUCACUUUUUGACCAAUUCCUUUAAUGAGUGGCUUAUGUCUGUGAGUGCGUCAGUGAUAUUUUUCAGGUGACUGUUAAUUUCCCCGAUGGCCAUAAUGAUUUGCUGUUGUGACUCCAAAACAGCAUGUGUCAAGACGCGACCAGAUGGACGGGCGUCAGCACUGUGGAGAGCACUGGAAACGCUGGGCACAGUGGGCGCUGGCUGCUCAGGAGGGGCGGACUCCGAGUGCCCCUCCUGGGAAGUGGAUGUUUCGGCUGUUGCGCCAUAUGGGUCUAAAUAAAAAGGCAAAUGUUAACUAAUUUAAGUACGUUCCAUUUUUAAGGGGCACACACAUUUGCAAUAAAUGAAAUGGAUCCGUAAAAUCUCUGGUGUAUACUUUUGGUUCGCUACACUGAAUGCAUUUGACAAUGAAAUAUAGGUACGCUAUAUGUACCAAAG